AUGGCUCCCAAGGCGAAGAAGCCAGCUGCCAAGGCGACGCCGCCGCCGCCGAAGAAGAAGUCUGCGCCUACGCCGGUCCCGGACAGGCGCGACCGCGCCUCUCGCAGCGCUGAGAAGCGGAAGGCGCCGCCGGCUGCCGAGGAGCCGCCAGCAAAGAAGGCCGCGCCUGCCAAGCCUGCGCCUGCGGCCAAGCCCGCGGCCAAGGCCAAGGCGGCCGCGUCGGCCAAGAGUCCCAAGCCGUCCAAGCCGGCCAAGGCAGCGCCGAAGAAGGCGGCGCCGAAGAAGCCGAAGCAGGCAAAGGCGGCGCCCAAGGGCAAGGGGAUCAAGAAGGCGGCGCCGAGGAGGGCGGCCAAGCCGGCGGCCAAGGCGAAGGCCAAGGACGCGGUGAUCGCCGUCGACGCCAUCAUCGGCAUCAAGUUCAACAAGGCUGGCAAGGCGAGCGGCCCGGCCGUGCUCUACCAGAUCAAGUGGGAGGGCGGCGACGUGACGUGGGAGCCCGAGGCAAACAUCAUGGACGACGACCUCGUCGACGACUUCGAGGCCGGGCUGCAGGCGGAGGUCUACUCCAAGCAAAAGAUCAGCGCGGGCGACUCGGUCGAGGUGAAGAACGAGGACGAGGGCUUCCAAAACUCGUGGUCGGGCGCGACGGUGGUCAAGAAGGCGGGCAAGAAGGACUUCGAGGUAGAGUACACGGCCUUCGUCGACAGCAAGGGCAAGAAGCUGAGCGAGAAGGUUGACAAGGCGCGGCUCCGCCUCUCGCCCGACGACUGCGACAAGGGGUGGGCGCCCGUGCCGGGCGAGAUCGUCGAGAUCUCGGCGGACGAUUGCUGGUGGGAGGCGCGCGUGCUCGAGCUGGCGGGCAAGGGGGCAAAGGUGAUGUUCCGCGUCUCUGACGAGACCAAGUCGGUGCCGGUCAACAAGAAGAUGCGGCCGUGCAACUGGCUCAAGGUCGCGGCCAAGGGCAAGUGAGCCCCGCCGCGGCUUGUAGGGUGCGGGCACGCAGCUGCCCGCCGCCCCGGCCCUGGUCGCCGCACCCGCCGCUGGCUGCCGCGGCCUGUGGUCGCCGCCCGUGCAUCGGGACUUACACUUACGUUCGUUCGAUCGGGGCUGUGUCGUGGGUGCACCGCCGCCCGUGGAGUGCCGCCGCAGCCGCUCUCGGCGCGCGGUCCUCCGCUGCCAAGUCGCGCGCCCCUCUGCCCAGUCCCGCCUCGCGCUCGACCCUCUCUCAGUCUGUGAGGUCGGGGGAAGGGGCGUCUCUCUCUCAGCUGUUUGCUCCUAUUGUCGAUCGCGCAUUUUUUGCAUGUCUCUCUCCGGUGUCCGUAUUAAUGCGGCCUUAGUAAGCCUUGGC